AUGUGGGAGAGACUUCUACAGAGACAGAGACUGCAGGUUCAUGUGGUGAAAUCUGUUAAGAAAGAAGAUGUAAGGACACAAUCUGAAGUGACACAUGUCAAAGAGAAAGAGAGUUCUGAAAUCAAGCCAAAGAGUGCAGAUACAGAAAGUCUUACAAGUGUGAAAAAAACUGUAAAAAAGAAAAUAAUAAAAAGGGUUGUGAAAAAAAAGGUUGUUGCUAAAGAUAAAGUGGUAGAUAAAUCAAAAGUAACUAUUGCGGAGGAACAAAGUGUUGCCCCUGAGCAGAAAAAAGAUGAAAAGAAAGGUAAAAUGGGUUCCAAAACGAAGGGUAUUAUUGUCCAGUCUGACAGUAAUGAAAAAUUGGAAACUGAGGAGAAGUUAAAGGAGGAGAAAGUGAAACAAGAGAAGGAUGUUAAAGGUGAAACAAAGGGUAAAGAAGUAAAAGAUAGUAAAAAGGAUGAAGAGGUUACCACACUUUCUAAUGUUGAAGAAAAAAAGAGAUUUGAAUUUCUGGAAGCAGUGAGCGGUAUGAUGGAUGCCCAUCUUCGUUACCUCAAACGGGGAUAUGAGCUUUUGCAUCAGAUGGAGUCGUAUAUAAAUCAGGUGUUGACAUAUGGUCAACAAUCUCAAGAGAGAUCAAAUUAUGAGCAAGCAACUCUGAACGAAAGAAUGCAAGAGUACAAAAGACAAAUUGAUCGGGAGAGCAGUCAAAUAUCUAGUCAGAGGAAUAGCUCUGAACUCGGUCAUGGCCUGCUGAGUCGUUGGCUUUCUUCUCAUCAUCACCAUGGUGGAGGCGGAGUACAUGAUGAGAAAUUUGUUGCUCAUCACACUGUUAACCUCUUGACUUCAAAUUUGAAGCAGACAUGA